AUGAGUGGAAAUUCCCGUAACACAGGGAUCUCAUCUUUAAACAAUAACAGACCCACAGCAAAACGAUCUCCUUCUAUUCUUGUUACUGAUGCCAGAAGCGAUAAAGUCAAAGGUGCAAGAGCUCCAUUUGCUGGCCAAAGUUACAAAAAGCAACAACAACAAUUACAACAACAGCAAAAGCAUUCUAAUUACAGUUUCCAGCAACUGCAACAUCUCAAUGCUUUGCAGCUGAGAUUCAAAAAUAAGUAUACUGAUAUUUCGGUAGAUAAAUUAUUAAGCAAGUCAAGUGAUAUACCUUCAGGUUUGAGUAGAUUACCCCCUCGAUUGAGCAGACAAAGCUAUGGUAGCUCGAGUUCCUCAUUAAAUUCAUCUUCCUCCCCACCUCCUUCCAUCCAAGGUUCAUAUGGUGCAGAACCAAGAAGAAACAUAAGAAGCAUUCCCAAACUUUCUCAGUCAUUACCAUCAAGAACAUCAAAAACAUCCCAGAAAUUGGUAUUGAUACCUGAUCACCAAAGACUGCCUUCGCCGCCAACAUCUUCUAUGCACGAUACUGGUAACCUGGCCGCCAAUGCUGAAUUGCAAGCACAAAUGAUGCGUUCAAGAGCAGAGUUGAUGCCAAAGGAAAAACGAGCUGAAGAGUUUAGUCGAAUGACUGCUUAUUUUAUAUGCGAAGAGUUCAACUUGACCGAGGUAGCUAAGUUUUUGCGUAAAAAGCAUGAAGUGAAACCUAGACUAUAUGAUGAGGCCUUAUAUGUACCUUAUGCCCUUCCUUUAUUACCAGGAAGUGACGGUGUCAGAGUGAAAUCAAAUAAUACAGCAAAAUUGUUGGCCAAAAACAAAUAUAUGGAGACCAUGAUAAACAAGAACGAACAGAAAACCCAUCUUUACGAGUACUAUUCUGGUGUUGAAACACCCGAAGACGCAAACAAUUACUCUAUGGAUCCAGAAUUUGAAAAUGUCGACAGCAAUACACCAUUUGAACCAUCAGAACCUCAAUAUUUUGCACCCCCUUUAGAGACUAGCAGGGCUAGUGGGGAUAACGGAAGUAGCAGCAGCAAAAAGAAUGAUACCGGUUCUACCUCUGCUUCUGUCCAGGACGUAUCCAAGCACCAUGCAGAAAUGUUUGUAUUUGAGUUUGGUGUUAUUGUUUUUUGGAAUUUUUCAGAAAUCCAUGAGAAGAAUAUACUUGCCGAUUUAGCUUUUUCAGACGAAGACUUGUUAAUCAACCCCAUUGAUGAACAAGAUAUUGAAACGGAGGAAUUCCAUUAUGAAUAUGAUCAUCAGAUCCUACGUCCAAGAAUUUAUAACGACAUGAUAACUUUGAGGAGUGCAGAUCAUUUAAUCAAACUCACCAUGUCAUACGCCAUAGCACAACUGACCAAGUUGGAACUUUUUGAAACAAGAAUUGUGAAAACCUUGCAUGUAAUUUCAAAACUUCCUAAAAAACUUGCCCUUUCAGGAAAAAUUGGGAUAGAUCAUGUCAAAUUAGUUAAAAAGAAGGGUAAAUUACUCAAGAUUAGAGUGGACAUCAAUUUAUCAAGUUCAAUUUUGGAUACACCUGAAUUUUUCUGGUCAAUGGAACCAGCAUUGCAUCCGUUAUACAACGGUGUAAGAGAGUAUUUAGAACUUGACCAACGUGUCCAAGUCUUGAACGACCGUCUUCAAGUUUUCCUAGAGUUUAUUGAAUACGUUGAUGAGAAAAACUCCAGUCGAAUAACUUGGAUGAUUAUUGCGAUUAUUACACUUAGUUUGCUGGUUAGUUUAUUUGAACUUUCUCUUAAUUUUUUCUAG